CGAACACAACAGGCUCCAACACUCAAACCCAAACAGGGAGGCCCGCCAUUGAAACACCACAUAGGAAGAGAAUCGAAGCCCACAGAGCCAAACUGGGGGGAGGAUUCGAAUCCCUUACGUGUGCCUCUUCUCCUUGAGCCACUAGCCAUUUGUAAAUCGAGGCAGAAGGGUUGAAGAAGAAGAUGGCGGGUGUGGGGGAACAAGGCAGUGAUUCCCCUUCCCCUGUCCACACACCUGACCGCUUUGAGGAAGGAUCAGAGAGGGAGGACCUGGUGAAAGAGCUCGACAACAUCCAGAACAUCAUUCACCUCACCAAGGAGUACAUAGAUGACCUCAACUCAAGAUUUGCCGGCUUCCAGCACCCGCCAUCACUCUAUCUCACGGAGUACACAGAACUGACAGGGAAGCUGCACCGGUUUGAGGCCAAGGAGCAGGAGAUUCUGGAACAGCUGAGCCUGAGUGCACCCAUCGAACACCCCACCCAAGCUAAUGGCUGCCAUGACGACCACUCUGAGGCCCACCAUCCCCCCUCUGAGGACACCGACUCUGGCUUCCAUGCACCCUCGCAGAGCACAAGCAGCAAUGGUGUCUGUGAGGAGGUUACCCGGUCCACACCCCAGUCACCCCUACGGUCAGUGGUCCGGGCGCACCUCCCCAACAAGCAGCGCACCACAGUCCCCGUGCAGCCUGGCCGUACCCUCAAGGACGCCCUGGCCAAGGCUCUCAACCUGCGGAAACUCUCCCCAGACGUUUGCAUUGUGUACCGGAAAACUAAUCCCAAGGUAAGGAUGUCGUGGGACUCUGACAUUGCACUGCUGGAGGGGGAGGAGAUAGUGGUGGAGGUGCUAGAGAAGUUCCCCGUCACCACUUCAAUAUCCCAUAACUUUAUUAGAAGAACAUUCUUUUCCCUGGCCUUCUGUGAUAACUGCCGCAGACUCCUGUUCCACGGGUUUGUCUGCCGCACAUGUGGGUAUCGCUUUCACCAGCGCUGCUCCGUGGGGGUGCCGACCCUGUGCCAGCAGGACCAGCGCAUCACUAACAACAUAUACCAGCACCUGCUAGCGUCACACUCAGACAACCCAGCGGGCAUCCUGGCCUCCACGGGGUACGGUGUCAACCCCAGCAGCCACUCCAACCUCAUGAGCUCAUAUGGCAGCCCCUAUGGGGUGCACUACAUAGUGGGCUACCGAGGUCAGUACCCCGGCCACUAUACUGGUGGGGGCGCGGCAGGGCAGGUCCCCCCCUCCGUGCCCAGGCCCGCCCCAGCCCCAUUGGCCCCCCGUGAUCGCUCCUCCUCUGCUCCCAACGUAUGCAUCAACUUGGUCAACUCAAACAUCCCCUCGGACGCUGCCUCCCUCGCUGAAUUUGCUCACAGGAUGGGCAGGAACUAUAACCCCACCAGUCCAGACGUCCACUUCUUUGGCUCCUCCACCUUCUACAACAUGCAUGAUGAGAGCAGGGUGGCCUGGAGCCCUCUCUACCACAACGCCAACCUAGCCAUGCACCCCACAGGGUACCCUGGCACGGGGGUACUGGCCCCGCCCCCUCCCACCAGCCCCACCAGCAGCCCCACCCGGCCCGUGCAGGGGUCCCAUUCAGCCCAGGCCUCCCCCACCAACACUCUGAAGGCGGUGCGGCCCAGGGCUCGCUCAGCUGACGAAUCUGUCUCAGGCAAGAAGGUGCGGCAGUCCUCCAAAGAUACGGUGGAGGACUGGGAAAUCCCCGUAGACGAAAUCCUAAUUGGUCCUCGCAUUGGCUCGGGCUCCUUCGGGACAGUCUAUCGGGGGCACUGGCACGGCCCUGUGGCGGUAAAGACCCUCAACGUGCGGGACCCAACACCAGCACAGUACUCGGCGUUCAAAAAUGAAGUGUCAGUCCUUAAGAAAACAAGACAUGUAAAUAUUCUGCUAUUUAUGGGAUGCGUGAAGACCCAGCAGCUGGCCAUCGUGACCCAGUGGUGCGAGGGCUCCAGCCUCUACAAACACCUCCAUGUGCAGGAGACAAAGUUCGAACUCAUGCGAAUUACAGACAUAGCGCGGCAAACCUCACAGGGCAUGGACUACCUCCAUGCCAAGAACAUAAUCCACCGAGACCUCAAGUCCAACAAUAUAUUCCUUCAUGACGACUAUACUGUCAAGAUUGGGGACUUUGGUCUGGCUACUGUCAAGGGUGGCAGGUGGAUACAGGAGAGUCAAGGAGGCAGGCAGAUCCAGCAGCCAUCAGGAUCUAUACUGUGGAUGGCCCCCGAGGUAAUCCGCAUGCAGGACGAGAACCCCUACACCUCCCAGAGUGACGUGUACGCGUUCGGCAUCGUCCUGUAUGAGCUUUUCUCCGGCUGCCUCCCUUACUUCCACAUCAACAACAAGGACCAGAUCCUGUUCAUGGUGGGGCGGGGUUACCUGCGGCCAGACACCACCUACCUGCGCUCGGACAUGCCCAAGCCCAUUCGCCGCCUGUAUGAAGACUGCAUCAAGUACAACAGAGACGACCGGCCUCUAUUCCCUCAGAUCCUGGCCAACAUAGAGUCCUUGGUGCGUUCCCUACCCAAGAUCCACCGUUCAGCCAGCGAGCCCACCCUCACCCGCACCCAACUCAACACAGAUGAUAUGAUGUACCUCUGUGCCUCACCCAAGACACCCAUUAACUCUGGGGCAUUCCUCUUCUCCACUGCCGGCAACAUUUAGGCAGCCGGAACCGGAGAUAGAGAGUGAGAGAGUGAGAAAGAGUGAGUGAGAGUGAGUCAGGAAUCUGUUAAGUCCUCUCCCUGUUCCCAGUUCCUCAUUCCCAUUCCUGCCAUCCUCUUUCCUCCUCCUCCUCCUCCUCCUCCUCCUCCUCCUCCUCCUCCUCCUCCUCCUCCUCCUCCUCCUCCUCCUCCUCCUCCUCCUCCUCUUCUCCGUAAAAAGUAUUCCAUUUAGAGCGACCUAAUUCAUGAUUUCCAACACCCAUCCCAUCCCAUCCCAUCCCAUCCCAUUUCCCAUCCCUUCCCAUCAAUUGAACUGGAGCCAGAACCCUUUUUUUUUUCCGCCCCUCUCCUUUCCUUCUUGUCUUUCCCGUCCUUUCGUUCUGUUCCCCUUCUCCCAGACCCAUUCUUUUCCUUGUUAUUGAUUUGUUUCCAUUGUUUUUUUUUACUUGCCCCUCUUGUCUGCUGGGGCUCCUGUUGUCGUCUUGAUCGUAGCCACAAGAACCAGUCCACCUCGACUCUCGCCACCACAGGAAUACUUGCAUCACCAGGUCCUUGCCAAUCCAUCUCCUCCCUCAGUUCAAACACCAUCAGCGCUGUUUGUCAUUCACCCACAUCAGCUUAACUCAAACUGACACCACUGCUCGGCCGGCAGUGAAAGGAUGCACUGUCAGGCCGAGUGAGUGACCAGCUGGCAUGUUACAUCAGAAGGAAGUUAAGGAAGUUUUCAGUCGUUCUUACAGUCCUGGCAGUCAGUCUUACCCCUGAGCUCUGUCCCCCAUGUCUCUGUUGAGCCGGCACCUUACUUGGCCCUGGGCUGUGAGUGAAGUCUGCAUUGUCACGUUUCGUUCUUUUCGUUGCUCAAAUCUCUGUAGUUGCUUAGGACAAACAUUGACGUGAGGUUCUGUUGCAGGUCUCGAUGUGUUUUUUAUUGAUAAUGAUAAUAUUAUUAUUAUUAUUAUUAUUAUUAUUAUUAUUAUUAUUAUUAUUAUUAUUAUUAUUAUUAUUAUUAUUAUUAUUAUUAUUUUUAACUUGCCUGGCUGCUGCUGCUGCUGCUGCUGCCAUUGCAGAUGUGUGUGUGUGUGUGUGUGUGUGUGUGUGUGUGUGUGUGUGUGUGUGUGUGUGUGUGUGUGCGUGCGUGCAUGUGUGUGUGUGUGUGUGUGUGUGUGUGUGCGUGCGUGUGCGUGCAUGUGUGCUUGCGUGCUGAUUUGAGUGUGUAUGUAAAUGUGUAUGUACGUAUGUAUGUAUGUAUGUAUGUAUGUGUGUGUAUGUGUGUGUGAAAACUGCAGCAUCAUGCCACCACCACAUUCUGACAUUGUCUCUGUAUCUUGUCAUUUUAUGUAAAUAUGUUUUAUAUUUUUUUUCUUACUUUGUGCCAGACUCCCCUGUGGGAGUGUUGUGCCACACUCCCAAAUUGUUUAUGUUGGUGUGAGGAGUGAAAGCCUUGAGCCUGCAGCCUUGCCUGGAGGCGGGGCGGGUGCUUGGCAACCUUCACCAUAUAAAAACCGUGACUUGUGGCGCGACAGUAAGUGUUCAGUUUGGCCCACACAGCACAAAUAGGUUGUAAGUUACACUAAGCAUUUAGCAGCCCAUCCCUCCUCUUACUGCAACAUUCCAUUUAUUGAUUUGACAGUUACUGUCACUGAUCUCUUGUGCUGUUGUUAUGGCUUCAAAAUCUAUUUUUAUCUACUUUAAUAAUGACAUUUUUUCAAUGAAGACUGCAACAGAAUUUUUCCUGGAAAGUCUCUUAUGAUCAGCUUGUGUACACCAGAAGGCAAGACUGUGUCAGUGAAGCUGUUGAUGUAAACACCUCCUGGCUUUCUUAGGCAAACAAAUGUUUGGUACUGAACUGAUCUUCAAAUUCUGUGGAAACACCGCCGGCAAGCAGUGCAGCAGUGCCCGGGUCUGGUGCCAGCCUGGUGCCAGCCCAGUGCCAGCCUGGUGCUGGCCCAGCAUUGGGCCGGGACAGGCUGGGCUGCUACUGCACACCCUCAGGACCCGAGGCGCCCACGCAAGGCCGUGUGGUGGCGAGGCGGCUGGGAGGCAGCAGGGAGGCCACCAGGCCCUUCCCCCUCCCCCCCCUGCUCUGGACCCCUCAGUCCGUGUACAGACUUCACAUUCAGUGAUACUGUAGUGCAGUCAUCCCAUGUUCCAUUACCACAUUGUUUUAUCAUCAUCAAAAUGUUACUCUGUAUCAGCUUUAAUCAUUUUAAAAUAAAAGACGAGCUUCCU